CUAUUAUUUAUUUAUUAGUCAUAUUUUCUCUCUUCAGCCGUCUAGCUUUUGUCAAAAAGAAGAGUCUGAGUGACUAUCGCUCUAUUCCGAGCUCAUUGUUCAUACCGAGCGCGUGAAACCAAAUUGGCAAUCUUUGAUUCACUUUCUCACACAACAUUACAUUCGAUCUCAUUUUCAUACUUCAAUUCAUACUGUCACAGUGAAACCACAAGCGCAACGCCAUGGACGCUUUGAGGAAACAAGCUAGCAAGCUAAGAGAGCAAGUUGCCAAACAACAACAGGCUGUAAUUAAACAGUUCAGCGGUAGCGGUUAUGAGAGUUCAGAUGUCGUGGUCAUUGAUGAGGUUGAAAUGCAGAGACAUCAACAUAUGGAUAAACUAUACAGAGCCACCCGUGCUGGGAGGGACUUCCAAAAAGAAAUUGUUAAAGCAGCAGAAACAUUCACAGCUAUAGGUUAUAAGCAUAUUGAAACAGGAACAAAACUUUCUGAGGAGUGCUGUAGAUAUGGAGCAGAGAACAACAGUGACAACAUAUUGGCUAAGGCUGCAUCAGUAUAUGGUGAUGCUCGGAAACAUGUAGAAAAGGAGCACGAAGAAUUGUAUCGGCUUUUAUCUUCCCAGGUUUUAGAUCCUUUGAGACAAAUGAUCAAUGGUGCACCUUUGGAGGAUGCACGCCAUCUUGCUCAACGGUAUAGUCGGAUGAGACAUGAAGCAGAGACACAUAAAGAAGAGAUUUCUAGAAGACAGGCACGGGUUAGAGAAUCUCCAACUGCUGAGCAGGUUGCCAAACUGCAUGCUGCAGAAGCAAAGAUGCAGGAGCUGAAAGCAAACAUGGCAGUUCUAGGUAAAGAAGCUUCGGCUGCAUUGGCUGCAGUUGAUGCACAACAGCAGAGACUAACUUUUCAAAGGCUCGUUGAUAUGGUUGAAUCAGAGAAGACUUUUCAUUUAAGAGUUGCAGCUAUUCUUGGUGAAAUUGAAACUGAGAUUGUCUCUGACAGACAGAAGAAAGAAUCUGCCCCUCCAGUGGUCAUCUCCCAGAAUGGCUCAGAGAAAACAAUGUACUUCCUUGCUGAGGCAAUGCAUCCUUACUAUGCUGAAUCAGAAAAGGAACUGAGCUUUUCAAAGGGAGACUUUGUUGUCGUGAGAAAGGUGAGCACAACAGGGUGGUCAGAAGGAGAAUGCAAUGGUAAAGCAGGGUGGUUCCCUUCCGGCUAUGUGGAAAAACGGCAGAGAAUCCCCUCUAGCAACUUCGCCGGUGAAGUUUACUAGGUUCUGCUACUCUGGUGCUAUUCAUUCUUUGCUUUGUCUUCCUUAUUUGGUUUUGCAUUGCAUAUUCAAAGAGAGGAUGGUGGAAUUGAUGGAAGAUGUUACCUCUUGUUAUCACAAAAUGAAAAGGAAGAAAAAGUCGUGAAGCUUUAGGGUAACUUGCAUGUAGUAUUGUCCUUUUUAAAGGGUGACACUUACAUGAGUUGUAUAAACAGUUUUUCCAUGUUUUACUUUUGGGUCACAUGCACUAUUUUACUUGUAUCUUUUUGUAAUAGAUUGUUGAAAUACAUGUGUUGUUUUUUGUGCUUAUGAUAAUAUGGCUAUUGGUAGAAUGAAGGAUGAUAGAAUUUGGAAGUAA